AUGGAGCCAGCCAGCGCCCUUCCCAACAUCUCCAGUAACAGCAGCGGCGCCGGCAGCGCCCCACACUCACCAGCAGCCACGGGACUCAUCUUGCUGGCCGCCCUGUCCGUCCUGCUGGCCACGCUGGUGGGCAACGCUCUGGUGGUAGUGGCCAUCUCCACUAGCCGGGCUCUGCAAGCCCCACAGAACCUCUUCCUUGUGUCCCUGGCCUCGGCAGACAUCCUGGUGGCCAUCCUCGUCCUGCCUUUCUCACUGGCCAACGAGGUGAUGGGCUACUGGUACUUUGGUGGGCUGUGGUGCAGCCUGUACCUGGCGCUGGACGUGCUGCUCUGCACCGCGUCCAUCGGGCACCUCUGUGCCAUCAGCCUCGACCGCUACUGGGCCGUCACACGGGCGGCACGGCUCAACCUGCGCCGCAGCCCUCGGCGGGUGAAGGCCAUGAUCGGGGCGGUGUGGGCGGCAGCGGCCCUGGUGGCACUGCCACCACUCCUGCGGCCAUGGCCGGGCGGGAGGGAGUGCCAGCUGAGCCAGGAGACCUGGUACGUGCUGGCCUCCUGCGCUGCCUCCUUCUUCGUCCCCUGCCUCGUCAUGGUCGCCGUCUACUGCCGCAUCUACCGCCUGACUGCCCGGCGGGCAGCUGCCCUGCUCGCUGCCCGCUCCCCGCGCCCCUCCAGCGGUGAUGGAAAGGUGUCAGGAGUUGGGAUGCCGGGAUGGAGGCGCCGGAGCCAGCACCAGAGCGUGUUGCUGUGCCGCCGCCGGCUGGUGCGGGCAAGGGAGCGGCGCUUCACCGUCGUGCUGGCUGUGGUGAUGGGGGCCUUUGUGCUGUGCUGGUUCCCCUUCUUCUUCACCUACAGUCUGGGGGCUCUCUGUGGAAAGGGCUGCCACGUGUCCAAGCCCCUCUUCAACUUCUUCUUUUGGAUCGGCUACUGCAACAGCAGCGUCAACCCCCUCAUCUACACCCUCUUCAACCGGGACUUCCGUGCUGCCUUCCGCCGGCUCCUCGCCGUCCCCCGCCGGCACUGCUCUUAGGGACCUGUUGGGACACCGGGGACGUGGCCCCCAACCAACCCUGCUCAGUGCUCACAGCAUCUGGCCCUACCACAGAGCUUGGAUGGCA